AAGUGAGUCAAACGGGCAUUAAACGAAUGCAGUUCGAAUUCCUGGAAAAGGAUGCCGAUGGUGAUCACAUGACAGAAGGAGUCUGGGAUUCGUAAUUGCAAGCCAGUUGCCAAGUACCCAAAACGUGACGGUGGGAAAAGUAGGAUGGGCGUAACUCGGAGGGGGUGGGGGUAAGUUAGAGCCAUAGUUAAAUAAUUCAUAAUUGAGGGGGGGCCCGUAGAACAAUCAAGAGCAAAUCUCGGGCAAAACCUGCCAUCUCCUGCCGAUCUUGGGGACUGCAGCCUCCAAGGGAUAAUAAGGCCAUCUAUACGCAGGGAUAUCAAACUGGCAGGAUCGGGCAGGGCAGGCCCACCCCGGCUCUGCAAAUGCAGAAAAAGGGUCGCAAUACUUUGCGAUACGUCAUGUGACACGAUCGAGUUUGACACCCGUGAUCUAUAUAGCAUAUAUUCAUAGGGUACGAAAGGAGUGCCCUCCAGUGGUCAUUUGGGAUAUGACAGCGUGGCAGCGGCUAAAAAGACCAUCUAUAUAUAACACAGGGAACGAAAACGGUGCCCUCCAAUGGCCAUUCGGGAUAUUUCAUCCAGGCAGGGACUACAAAGACCAUCUGUAGCACGGGGCAUGGAAAAAGUCCCCUCCAGUGGCCAUUUGGGAUAUUCCAGCCUAGCAGGGACUACAAAGACACUUUGUGGCAGCCCCUCAAAUAUUGGGACGACUGCUGUCGUGUCCUUCGUUUCAUUAAACUAGACACACCCAAUUCCAGUCCCCUAAUCCUCUUCCUUGCUUUUCUCUGCGAUCUUUCCAGAAUCUCAACAUCUUUUUUUUUGAUAUUGUGGCGACCAGAACUGGAUGUAGUAUUCCAGGUGUGAUCUUACUAAGGCUUUGUAAAGCGCUGCUAGAACUUCACGGGAUCUCGAUUCUGUCCCUCUGUUAAUGCAACCUGGGAUUGCAUGGGCUUUUUUAUUUUUUUUAUUUUGGCUGCUGCCCAAAAACCUAUUUUGUUGCUGUUGUGUCCCUGCCUCUCUCCUGUUUUCCUCUUGGGUUUUUUUUCUGUUUGCAAAGAUUACCAUGCUUGUCGAGAGAAUGUUGAGUUCAGAAAAGAUCCUGGGCUCAAUUGCCAAGCAUUGCCUGUUUAGCAAUAAGCCGUAGCAUUUAAGACUUAUAUACCGCUUCCACAGGGUUUUUACAGCCCUCGCUAAGCGGUUUACAGAGUUAGCCCUAUUGCCUCCCAACAAUCUAGGUUCUCGUUUUACUGACCUCGGAAGGAUGGAAGGCUGAGUCCACCUUGAGCUGGUGAGAAUCGAACUGCCGGCAGCUGGCAGUCAGCAGACGGAGCCUGCACUAUUGUAGCUCUCCAUUAGUGUUAGCAAGCUCCACAUUAGGGGAGGUGCUGAAUUGACGCCAGAUAUUCAAAGAGAUCUCAGAUCUCUGAAAUUUCUCAGAGGUUCACGAAAGUCAAGAGUAGAUCCUGCCUUGUGGAGCCUCACGCAGGGUUGUGGGUUUUUUUCUCCUCUCUUUGAGCGGAGCGGCGUUUGUGAGUCCGUGGCACAAGGUGACAUGAAGCGGAGUUUGGGGUGGAUUUCACUGGCUGCGUCUCUCUGGUCCUCGCUGGGUUGGGGGCUGACGUGUUCGGACAACGAAUAUCCCCUCUCCAAAAGGAAAUGCUGCAAAUAUUGUCCUGCAGGAGAACAGCUAGCGAAACGUUGCACGGAGACAUCCCCAACCGAGUGCGAACCGUGCGAUGAGAAUUACUACAACGACGCCUAUACCUACUCGCAGUGUAAACCGUGCACAGACUGUCACGCCGACCGAGGCCUUCGGGAGAUAAGACCGUGCCAGGCAACUUCAAAUACCGUCUGCGCCUGCCUUCCGGGCCACGCUCCCGAAGAGAGCCAGGAGGAGAAAAGAUGCAAACCCUGUCCCAGCGGGUAUUUUUCCCUCGGAGGGAACGAGAAAUGUCGUCCUUGGACCAAUUGCACAGCCAGCGGCAGGAAAAUCCUACAAUCCGGGAAGCAGGACGCCGAUACGAUUUGUGACAAACCAUCCAGCAAGAUUCCCACCCGCCGCACCGUCACGCGACCCACUCCCUUUCCCAAGGAGACUGCCGCCAUCACCAGGAAGCUGGAUCCACCUCCAAUUGUUGUGCCAAAAACAGGAUUUGUUUGGAUCUUGAUCACCGUUGUUCCCCUGCUGACCGUAGCUGGAAUCUUGGUAUUCCUGUUCUUUUAUUGCAGGACAAAGAAAAAGAAACUGGACAUUUUGUGCACUGAAAUUUAUAAUGUCCCCUGCAAGGACAAAGAGAACGAUUAUCGAAUGCCAAUCCAAGAACAAGAAGUCAGCGUUAAAUCCGAUUUUGUACAGGGCUGACCUACAAAAAGAAACAAAAACAACAUUAAAAAAAAACCCCGAAUUUUGACUUCUGAAUCAAAAAUAGCUCAGAGUUUAUCUGAGUUUAUUUUUCAACCAGUUUCCUUUUUAUUGUGAAUGAAUCAGCGUAUCUUUUUCGUAUCUUUUUUCCAUCUCUCUGCCCCCCCGCCAGUUUCUCCUCCCUGAUAAUUGUCUCAGGGGUUUUUAUUUUUUCUUCUUGUUCUUUGUGGUUUCUUUUGAAGACAAACCUGCCCGAUUUUGCAUAUAUUAUUUUUCACAGCCUUCUUUGUUUUAAAAAAAGAAUGUGAAAAGGUGCUUGCGCAUCAUUUUAUUCUUCUUGUUUUUAUUCAUCCAACGAUAACGGGAAGAACUGCAGUAACCCCGUGUUUGUCCUUGAUUUCUUAGGAAACCUGAGGUAUUAUAACCAGAUACCUAAGAAUUAUAACAAGGAAGGAAGAUGGGCCCAGUUGAUAUUAAUAUAAUUGGUAUAAUUGUUAUAAUUAUUACACAAAUGUCAUAACAAUUAUUAAUAUUUGUUGUUCAGCUUCUGAUCAUUCGGGCUGUAAAAUAAGAGCAAGCAACAGUUAUUUUUCAAUUUAUGGGCACAUUGUGGAAUGGAACAGAAUUAAAGUUAAAGCCAAACAAGCUUGGAAGAUAAAAUGCUUUAAAAGGAGAAGCUGGCAACAGAUAUCUGCUUUUGUAAAAGCAAUAGAUGCCGUGCUGUAUUAUUUUAUUUUAAGUUGAAGACUCUGUUUCUUGAAGAAACAUUAACUUUAGUCCCAAAGAGAGGAAGCCUGAUAAGCAUAAAUAUAUUGAUGUAAAUCAGGGGUCUCUAACCUUGGUCCCUUUAAGACUUGUGGACUUCAACUCCCAGAGUCCCACAGCCAGCAAAGCUGACUGAGGAACUCUGGGAGCUGAAGUCUACAAGUCUUAAAGGGACCAAGGUUGGAGACCCCUGAUGUACAUUGUCAAUUCGAUCCACUGGAUUCCCAUGGCUAUUCAGCGGAUAUUUUUUUUAUUGGCGCAUAAAAUGCCAGGGGUUGUAACACAAAAGAUUGGGGGGGUUUGAUCUUGCAAAAGACCAUUUUUACCUGUGGGUGAAAUGGUAAAAGAGAGGUUUGUUUUUUAAAAAAAAAUCUAAAUUAAAAUGGGAUUAAAAUUAUCGUAUUUUUUGGAGUAUAAGACGCACCUUUUCCUCCCCCCAAAAAAAGAGGGUGAAAAUCUGGGUGCAUCUUAUAGAUAUUUAGAACUGCAGAAAAAACAAUGGCUACCAACCUGCCUUCCACUGAGGACCUGUAUACUGUACGAGUCAAAAAGAGGGCUGGGAAAAUAUCUACAGACCCCUCACAUCCUGGACAUAAACUGUUUCAACUCCUACCCUCAAAACGACGCUAUAGAGCACUGCACACCAGAACAACUAGACACAAGGACAAGUUUUUUUCCCCGAAGGCCAUCACUCUGCUAAACAAUUAAUUCCCUCAACUGUCAAACUAUUUAUUAAAUCUGCACUACUAUUAAUCUUCUCAUCAUUCCCAUCACCCAUCUCCUUCCACUUAUGACUGUAUGACUAACUUUGUUGCUUGUAUCCUUAGCGAUUUAUAUUGAUAUUGAUUGCUUAUUUGUACCCUAUGACUAUCAUUAAGUGUUGUACCUUAUGAUUCUUGACAAACGUAUCUUUUCUUUUAUGUACACCGAGAGUGUAUGCGCCAAAGACAAA